UUUGGCUCCUACAUAAUGCACACCACAUAGCAAAACCUCAAGUACCUUCUCCUUCACAUUCCCUCAGCACUUUCUGUAUUCAAAACUUUUGGCAUUGUUUCCAAUAUCCUAACUUGAGACUAUAUAUAUAGCAGCAUAUAUAUAUAUAUAAUGGAUAGGGUGACACAGAUGGCAUCAGAGAGGCCAGUGGUGAUAUUCAGCAGAAGUUCAUGCUGCAUGUGCCACACCAUCAAAACCCUCUUCAGUGACUUUGGAGUGCAUCCAAAUGUUCAUGAACUUGAUGAGAUACCAAGAGGGAAGGACAUUGAGCAAGCUCUUUCAAGGCUAGGGUGCAGCCCCUCUGUGCCUGCUGUGUUCAUUGGUGGUGAGCUUGUUGGUGGAGCCAAUGAAGUCAUGAGCCUUCACCUUAACCGCUCCUUGAUCCCUAUGCUUAGGAGAGCAGGAGCUCUUUGGGUUUAAUCAAUCAAUUAAUUCACUACUAUCAGGCACUAAUUAAUUAAUAAAUCUGUUUUGGUUACAUAUGUAUAAUUAUGGUGAGAUAUUAUUAUAUAUAGUGGCCGGCCGGAUCCAUUAUUAUAGGAUGCAUGUAUAUUAGUACUCUGAGUUUAUGUAUGCUACUAAUUUGUAAUAAUAACAAGGCCACUUAACUUUACUGAUAAAGGUGUCAUUUAAUUAGCCCUUUUUUGUAUUGAAUAAAUGUAGCCUUGUGUUUUAGCUAAUUGAAUGGAAUUGCAGAUCAUAUGAAUUUUAA